AGAAGAGAGAAACGAAAGAAAAGGCUGAGGAGGGCUGGCUGGAGGAGUGAGGACGUCCGAAGGCCGCGAAUCUAUCCUGUCCGCCGCAGCUGUACGCGGCUUCGGCGGCUUGAUCGGCUCGGUCUCCUCCUCCUCCUCCGCCUCCGUCUCCUCUUAUCCUUCCUUCUCCCUCUCUCUCUCGCUUCUACAUCUUCCAUUCUCGACGCAGCGCCGCGAGUUACUCAAUCUGCUUCUGCACUCUCUCUCUCUCUCUCUCUCUCUCUCUCUCUCUCUCUCUCUCUCUCUCUCUCUCUCUCUCUCUCUCUUUCUUUCUCUCUUUCUCUCUCUCUUCCUCUCUCUUUUUCUCUCUCCUUCUCUCUUCCGCCUCCGCCUUGAGAUCUCCGCACUUUGGUCGUUCUCUUACCAUGGCUACCGCGGCGAUGGCCGCUCUCUCAGGGUCCAAAGUGAGGGCGCUCGCAGUUCAGACGGCUUCAGCCUCUGAGGUUGGAUUGCCCCCUUUGUCGUUGAACAGGCAUCGUGGGGUGGCGGCUGUGCUCGCACCUCCUAUGCCGUCUAAGUUGGAAGGCUUUGAUCAAAUCGGAGAGCCGGUGUUCGAGGUCGAUAACUUCAAGGCGUGGAAGAACGUUGCUGUCACCCUGGGGUCCGUUGCACUUGGUUAUGCGCUCCUUGCUGUCUCUCCUUGGUACCUUUACCCUUUUGUGUAUGCAUACCUCGGCACUGCGGUCACGGGUCUCUUCGUCAUCGGACAUGAUUGUGGGCACAACUCCUUCUCCAACAACCAGUUGGUGAACGACAUUGUUGGGACCGUCAUGAUGGCGCCUCUUAUCUACCCCUUCGAGCCGUGGAGAAUCAAGCACAACACCCAUCACGCUCACACCAACAAGUUGAUUGAGGACACUGCUUGGCAACCAUUCCGUCCUUUCCAGUAUGACCGAGGGAGCCCUAUUCAGCGAUUCGCGAUGAAGAUUGCUCUCGGCCCGACAUGGUGGAUUGCCUCCAUUGGACAUUGGUACCAGUGGCACUUUGACCUCAACCUCUACAGGCCGCAGGAGAAGCAAAAAGUUAUUGUGAGCCUUGCUGCAGUUGCGGCCUUCGCUGCAUUCGUUCUUGUCCCGUUGCUGGUCACCCAAGGAGUCGGAGGAUUUGUGAAGUGGUGGUUUCUUCCCUUCCUGGGUUUCCAUUUCUGGAUGAGCACUUUCACUCUGGUUCAUCACACUGCACCUCAUAUUCCAUUCAAGGGUGCAAGAGAGUGGAAUCAGACCAAGGCACAGCUUGGAGGAACCGUCCACUGCGAUUAUCCUUCGUGGAUCGAGUUUCUGUGCCACGAUAUCAGCGUGCACAUCCCUCACCACCUCUCCACGAAGAUUCCUAGCUACAACCUGAGGAAAGCGCAUGCAUCGCUGGAAGAGAACUGGAAUAAAUACCUCAACAAGGCACGUUUUGGGAUCCCUCUCAUGUCUACAAUUCUGAACAACUGCAACCUGUUUGACACGGGCAAGGGGCGCUACGUCAAGUUCGACAAGUCACAACGGGUAUAGUUAAGAGAAGGGACUCUGGAGAGAGAAACAACAGAGAGCGGAGGUAGAAGUCAUGUUUGUUUGAAGGAGGGGAGAGAGAGUCGGGGGUUGUAGAUAUAGAAAGAGAGAAGUCUAGAUCCUACUUCGUGACCUUUUGUGGGGUUGUUGUUGUGGUUUUGCUGCCCGGACUUAGUUAAACGUCAUUUCCACCCCAGUCCCUGAGGGGGGGAGAGAGAGAGGGAGAGGGAGGGAGGGAGGGAGGGAGGGAGGGAGAGAGAGUAUGUGAGUGAGAGUGUCAUCCUAGGAACUGUGCCUGGAGCAGCAACUCAGGGUUGCGACUGCAAAUUGACAUUGCUGAGCUCGCUUUCAUGGGAGAGAAAAAGAGAGAGCAUUGCACAGGGAGUGUGGAGGGCUAUUGUACAUGUGACAGGGCUGCUCAGUUACCCUACAGGUAUGUGGCAACGGAAGCAAUCAGGUUCCAUAUGUCGUGUCUCCGUUGUCUUGAGGGCGAAGUGUGUGUGAAGGAGUACACUCGAUCUUGCGAAGAGGGAGAAGGCUUGUGACAGCACAAUGCGCUGAUAUGGAGGUGUGCGUGUUUGCUCGCCGACAGAGGAGCCGGCUUGCUUUGGAGGUGUUGUGCAUUUUUGCUCGCUGAUAGACGAGGAAUGGGCAUCACCACAACGAGAGCUUACGAGGGGUUUUGUGUACCCCUCUAUUUUAUUUGUGGGUUGUCCAUUUCCAAUAAGCAGCUGGUGGCCAUCUUUGAGUUGCUCAGCCGGUGAUUUGGCAGCGAUCUUGAGUUGCUCGGCCAUUGAUUGAUUCACUGAAGUAUGGUUCUCAUCUUGUGUCCAAAAGUGUUCCCAGAUCCUCUAAAAAAGUUAAGGUCGGAAAAGUCUCGACCUAUACGCCUCACUGUGUUUGCUCCUGUCUGGGAGCGGAGAGGCAAGAGGAUGGCAAAGUCCAUGGCAUGCGACUCAUUCCGUAUAUGUUUGAGGCGCGAGCGAGAGCAGGAGAGUGAGAGCAAGCGCGCGUACGCUCAAGAGAGAGAGAGAGAGAGAGAGAGAGAGAGAGAGAGAGAGAGAGAGAGAGAGAGAGAGAGAGAGAGAUUGCUUGAUGCUUUUUUGCUAUGGAAAAUGGAGCACGGAGAGAGUAUUCUCUAUGUGUUGGUGUCAAGGAGGCAGACAAAGAUAAAGGCCGUCAGGAGAGGGAUGACAGCAGUGAGAAGUGUGAAGAAGAAAUCCGUCCGUUCGUGUAUGUUGUCGGCUCAUUCAUUCUGAAGGGGUGUGGUUAAGUUAUGGCGCUCCCACCUCCUCUCUGACGUUUUCAAGCUACAGAUACCUGAUCCACUCAUUUAGAACGUUGCUGAGGGAGUCUUCUUGAAGUGACUGUGUAAAUUUAUGUUGCUGUUGGCAAGGGGGUGGUCGACUGAUGUGAAAGGAGGGGGGUUGGGUAGCAUAGUCUGCCAGUUCAGUUGAUGAUGAUGAUGAUGAGACAACAAGACAGAAAGUAGUAUAUUUUCAAGGAUUAUCUGUUGUUUCAUUAAGUUUGGAAAGAGAGAGGUGAUUGCAGUUGGGCUGUAUUUCUGUGAGCAUUGAGCGGACAAAUUGCCACGGUCGCAG